AUGAAGAACUUUCCAAACAUGUUACAGAGACGGAGCUACCAGCUUCGUUUGCAGAAUAAGUGUAAAGAAUGGAGGAAUGAUGGAGCAGUUUAUAAAAUAAGAAGCAGGCCUUUAAAGGAAGAGGAGAAUGAAAAUCAUGGGAUUAAUCAGAGGUAUCGAAAAAUAACUGUAAUUCCAUUUGAUUCAAAUGAAGGAAUGGGAGAAUAUAAAAAUAUGCCAAUUUGUGCAGAAGAAUUAAAUAAUAAGAAUAAGAAAGAGAUACUUAAGAUAUACAAAUUUGUAAGAAAUAAAAAUGAAAUGAAGAAAUUGCCAUCCGAUUUUUUGGAUAAUUUAUUUUCGUGCACAAAGAAAUUUGUUCGGUCCUUUUUACCAUAUGAAUUUGUAAGUAUAUACAAGACAUUAAUGAUUUUAAAAAGAAAUGAUAAAGAAUUAAAUUUACUUCUUCAUCAACAGAUUAAAAGAAUACAUUAUAAUUUUGAUGUCACAAGCAUAAGUAAGCUUUUCCAAAUUUUUACAUUUUCUAAAUCGAAGCCAGUAUAUUUAAUAAAACUUUUAACUGAGGCAUUUUUAAGAAACAUGAACAACUCUGUCCAACCAUGGAACAUAAGGGAACUCAUUUCUAUAUUUUGUUUUUUUAAAAUUGAUUCUGAGAAACAUUUAAAAUCUAUUUUUCAUAAAUGCACGCCGUUAAUUGCAAAAAAUAUUUUGAAAUUCACUCCAAAGGAUGUAUGCAUUAUUUUCUACAGCUGUGUAAAAUUGAGGAAACAUGACCCCAUUUUAUCAAAUGCAGUUGCAAAGCACGUUAUUUUUAAAUCGGAUUCAUUUCACUUCUAUCAGCUAGCUAUUAUUCUCAACUCGUUUGCAAAAAUGGGUGAAAAAAAUAACAAAUUAUGCAAAGUGAUAUGCGAACAAAUUAAAAAAAGAAUGCGUCAACCAUCGAUGCCAAACGUUUCAGCUGAGCUGGAUAAAUCUACAGCUCCUUCAGAUGGGGUAGUUGAAAUUGAUCCUGAUGCAACACUCCCGAGGAAUUUCUCUAACGUUGAUGUACGUUCGAAAGAAGAAUGUGAUGAAUAUUCAUUGAACGAAAAAAAUGGAGUAAAAAACACUUUUGUAGCAUUCGAGGGAAAAAUUAAUACAAAUCAAGUACCACAACCUAAAGAUAUAUCAAUCAUAUUGAACGCAUUAGUAAAGUUAGAAUACUAUGAUAAUGAAACUUUUAACUGUUUGAUCCCGUUUAUUGUGAAUAACACUCCUAGGUUCUCUCCCCAAUCAUUGAGUAACUUAGUACACGCCUUUUCCCAGAUGCAGAUAAACAACAAACUCAUGAUGGACAAACUUGUAAAUGAAUCUAUUUUCAAGAUGAAAAAAUUUAAAAACAUAGAAAUGAGUAAUUUGGCUAGUUCUCUUAUAAGAAUAAAUAGAAAAGAUAAAAUUUUGUUUACAUACAUGAUUGACGAAUUUUUAUAUAGAGCAACCAUAGGAACUAAGUUUAAAAAUUACCAUUUUGAUAUCCGAUCUAUUCAACAGUUGGCAUAUUCUUUUAGCAAGGUUGGUUUAAAAGAUGAGAAGGUAUAUACCAUUCUGUACAGGUUGUUAAUUCGAAAAAUUAAUGAAAUUAAUAAAAUGGAAAAAAAGGGAAUAGUAGCAACUGUUUCUCAGCAGGAUCAACAAGACAAAGGUGAACAAAUGAACUCAAAACAUAAACAUCACAGUAAUGGAGAAUGUAGUGUACAAAAUGGUAGCAUCAUAACAGAUCUACCUUGUGUGCUAAAAGGAGAGACAAGUGAACCGCAGUUUGAUUUUUUCUGUUUAUCUACUUUUAUAAAUUCUUAUGGUAAGACAAAAAUGAAACAGAAACAAUUUUUCCAUUUUAUUAGUUACAUGAUAAGAAAAAAAAAAAAAAAAAAUGAGCUAUUAACAAAUCAGUCAUUAUGUUGUCUAUUAUAUGGACUUGUGAAAUUGCAAGUUGAAGAUAAAAAAAUUUAUCAACUAUUGUUGAAGGAAGUUAUUGAAAAGAUAGACACGAUGAAACCAUUUCAGGUGAUAAUUAUUCUUUACUCAUUUAGUAAAAUAAGAAUGUAUUCACGUAUAUUUGUGAAAAAAUCUGUUCAAUUGAUUAGUCGAAAUAUUCAUCAUUUGAGUCUAGCAGAUUUGUCCUUAGCUUGUUAUGCUUUGUCAAAUUUGCUCUACAGGGAUAUGAUUUUUUUAUACAAAAUUUAUAAAAUUAUGCUUUUAAAUAAUUAUGAAUUUGAAAAAAAUAACGUAUGUCAGCUUUUUAACGCAUUCACAAAAUUAUGCUUUUUUCACAAACCAUUUUACAAUUAUAUUUUUCCAAAAAUUGUUGUCUUCAUGCACGAUUUUGAUGAAAAGGAAUUAACUAAUCUUGUCUUUUCCUUUGUGUAUUAUUUCCACAUGACCAAAAUGUAUUUCUGCGAGGAGGAAAAAAAAAGAAAUAAAAUAAAAACAGGCAUAACUAGCGGUGCAAGCAAAAGUGGCGAUUCAAGCAGAAGUGGCGAUGCAGGCAUAACUAGCGGUACAAACAUUAGCAGAAAAGUAGAGGAGGGAACAGAAGAAAAGGAAGAAGGAACCGAGGCCGAAUGGACACCCCGCGUAGGGGAAAAUGGUACUUCUCCAAUUCUCGAUUUGGGCGAGGAAAUUGUAAAAGUUCUGAAAAAAAGUGAAGAAGAAAAAAAUUAUCUACCUGGGGAGGGUGAAAAUGAAGAAAAGAUAUGCACAGGUCAGAAGAUUUCCUCAGUAAUUUUGAAGAGAAAAAAAAGUGGCACUAAUAUCAUAAGUAAUGAUAUUAGAAACAUCAGCGUAGUGGAAAUAAUGCCGGAAAUUUUUUUCAAAAAUGAAUUAAAUAUAUUCUUCAAUCUAAUAUAUUUACUGAACGAAAAAUAUCGCCAGAAAAUUUCCCUAAUAAGUAUAUAUCAAUUGCAAAUUGUUGAUUUAUACUUAAAAGCAUUUUUCCCAACCUAUUUUGAAUUCCCGGUAUACUUAAAAACAUUUUUUUUUAAAAUUCGAAACGUUAAAUUGAAAAUUGAUGAUUAUAUAAUACUGUCCUCGAGGACUCAUAGAAAUGUUUCAAGAUUUCUCAGCUUAGUUGGAAUUGCACACAGAAGUGAAGUUCAGUUUGGACCAUACCAACUAGAUAUAGUAGUAGACUUUUUACAAAAUAAAAAAAAAAUGUAUGAAUUUUAUUCCUAUGGAGAGAUUAAAAAUACAAAAGAAGAAUCCAAUAUGAAUAUAAUUUAUAAAACGAAAAGGUUAGAACAGGAAGAUGUAAUUGCACCACGUAACGAAUCAGAAGAACAAAGGAAACUUAACAUUUUGCAGAAAACAAUAAACAAAAAUAUUUUAAUUGAAGUAGAUGGUUUAUCUCAUUUUUAUAAAGAAAGUCAUAGUAGGACUAUGAAUUCAAUUAUAAAAAAUUUCAUUUUAAAAAAAUUUGGAUGGUAUAUAAUACAUGUACCUUUCCAAGAAUGGAAUCAAUGUUUUGAUUUUAAGAGAAAACUUCUAUAUGCCAUUCAAAUUCUGAGACACAUUUUGCGUAUUAACAAAGAUCAUAUUUCUGUAAAGGAUUUUAUUCAUCUCAUGAAAAAUUCAGAGAAGGAGAAAUACAAAUCUUUUUCACACAACUUUGAAAAGGUUUCAAUGAACCAAGUGGUUGUAGAUAAUGGCAUGCUUUACCAAACGGAUACUAUAUCAGGUGGUGCACGAGAAAAUGCAGAAAUGGAUUGCCAUAGUAGUAACAACGGAGGAGAAAUGAGAAGUAGGACAGACCAUUUGGCUCUUCAAGAUGAACAAUGUGAACCCAACUUUUACACAAUCAGCGAAGAAAAGUUAUUCAUCAACCAGACAAAAAAUAAAAGCAGCUAUCAAAAGAAAUUAAUGAAAAAGAUGCGACAAGAUGAGAAGUUAAAGUAUGAUUUUAACUUAUCAUGCAGGGUAAGAAAUUAUUCUAUAGAAACACAAAAAGAGUAA